AUGUCAUACGAGUCAAAGUUAAAGCCCGAUCAGAGUCACAGCAGGCCCGAUGUCCUGGAGGGCCGUCUGGGCGGUCAGGAGAGGACGCUGGCUGUGCUGCUGGAGCAGGCUUUCGCCAUCAAAGCGGAGGUGGCGGCGGGCCUGCAGUCCACCAAGGGCUCGGUUCAGGUCGAGGCCCUUUCCCGCAAGCUGCUGGAGAGUCACAUACUCACCAUCACACGCAUCGUCAAGCAGCUCAGCGUGGACAUACAGGCAAUGGAGAGACAGAUCGCCCAGAGGGACUCCGUAACAUCGGGAACGUCACAGGCCGUUCAAAGCUUAGACCAGAAGAACCUGGCCGGCAUUGGAGACCUGAGAGGAAGAGUCGCCAGGUGUGAUGCCAGCAUCGCCAAGCUGAGCGCCGACGUGAGCUCUGGGGAUCGGCACCGGAUCAGACUGCAGCAGGAGAUGAAAGAGCUGAGAGCAGGUGUGGAUGUGAAGCUGGAGGAGCUGGAAGUCAAGCUUCAUCGUGACCUUGAACGGCUGUCGGCAUCUUUGACAGAGCUCACCCAGAGCCACAGGAGCUCCCUGUGUGUUCUGCAUAAACAAGUUCAACUACUGGAAGAGAAGAUGUCAGGUGGGCGGAAGGAGGCCAAGGAGCAGGCAGACUCGCUGAGAAAGUGGACAGAACAGCAGCUCAACAGCUUUCUGCAGACUCAUGCACAGAGCAGCCAGCAGCUCUGCUCACGACUCCAAGACAAAAUGUUGGAGUCAGAGUCUAGAUUAGCCAUUCGGCUGCGUGCUCUGGAGGCCCAUAUGAAGCGGUCUGAGCCCCAGCGGGACCAUUUCGACCAAAGUCAGGCAGAUUGGCUGAAACGCUCUGAAAGAGAACUCAGUGAGAGAGUGAGCUCAGUGGAGAGCAGCCUCCAUCAGGAGCUGCAGCUGCUCAAACACGACUACCACAAAGGGUUCCGCUCCGUGCACGAUGCCAUGGAGUCCCUGAGGCAGAUAGGAGACAUCAAAUCUCGUCUUGACAAGGGCGAGCUGCAGAAGGACAUCAGGCACAUGUGCAGCAAGGUGACUGAGAUCAGUGACUCGUGACUAGAGAGGAAUGUCUUUUGCUGUGAGGCUGCUCCAAUCCCAAAGUGAUUGAGUCGAUCUUCAUAUAUCAAAAGGCUUCACUCUCAUUAUAUUCUGUGAGCAAACUGUUAUUUAGACCCUUGAUAUAUUUAGUGAUCUCCCUCUCUGGAGGUUAUAAAUGAGUAUCAGUAUAAAUGUGACUUAAGAAAUAUUACAUUGAUUGUUUUAAAGCAAAAAUGACUCAGUCAUUCU